AUGAGGCUUGCUGCAAUAGCUAUUACUGUCAAGCCAUGCACUUCGCCUACUACUCCAAAACUCACUCAAUACUCUGUUCCCACCACCGCCAUUAAUCCUCUAAAGCUCAACACUGAAAACCCACAGUUUUCAUGGACUCCUUUAAAACAUGGCUCGCUUUUCACUCACUCUAGCUCAGCUAAACUCGCCAGGAAUUGGAUGGAGUAUCAGGGGAUGAACAACUGGGAUGGCUUGCUUGACCCUCUUGACGAUACGCUGAGAAGUGAGAUUCUGAGAUACGGGCAAUUCGUCGAAGCUGCAUAUCGGUCGUUCGACUUUGAUCCUUCUUCACCCACUUUUGCCACGUGUAAGUUCCCCAAGAACACUCUCCUGACAAGGUCUUGCACUGGGGAGACUGGUUAUAAACCGACCAAGAACUUGCGUGCCACGUGUGGGAUUCAGCUGCCACGUUGGAUAGACAGGGGACCGAGCUGGCUUUCGACUCAGUCCAGCUGGAUUGGUUACGUGGCAGUUUGUCAGGACAAGGAGGAGAUCGCCAGGCUCGGCAGGCGUGACGUGGUGAUCGCCUUCAGAGGCACCGCCACUUGCUUGGAGUGGCUGGAGAACCUACGCGCCACGCUGACUUCUCUGCCCGAUGACGUGGCCAAUGUGGGUUUUAAACACAGUGGAUGUGGACCCAUGGUGGAGAGUGGGUUCUUGAGCCUUUACACUUCCGGCACCGCCGCCUGUCCUAGUUUGCAGAAUAUGGUGAGGGAAGAGAUCGGGAGAGUACUCGAAAUGUACAGUGACGAACCCCUCAGCUUGACCCUCACUGGCCACAGUCUCGGUGCGGCUCUAGCCACACUUGCUGCCCACGACAUAAACUCCACCUUCAGCAAUGCGCCGAUGGUGACCGUCAUCUCAUUCGGGGGACCACGUGUCGGAAACCAAAGCUUCAGGUGCCAGCUCGAGAGAAGCGGGACCAAGAUCCUACGCAUAGUAAACUCCGACGAUCUCAUCACAAAAGUACCCGGGUUCGUGAUUGACAACAAUGACAUGGCAGACAAGCAGGCUGUCAACGUGGCCGGACUGCCAAGCUGGGUUCACAAGCGCGUGGUAGACUCGCAGUUGGUUUAUGCUGACGUGGGACAAGAGCUUCGACUUAGCAGCAAGGAGUGCCCGCACCUGAGCAAAGGAGGCGUGGCGACUUGUCACGAACUCAGUACGUAUCUCCAGUUGGUAAAUGGUUUCGUUAGCUCAAAUUGUCCUUUUCGGACCACGGCCAGGAGAGUUCUGAGCAAACACCGUCGGGAAAAAUUGGCAACUCUGUAG